AUACUUUUAGAUCUGAUCUGCGUACUAAUUUUCUGCUUAAGCAUUUCAUAAUUUGUGGGUUGGAUCUAAUUCGACGAAUAAUGUUGUAAAAACUCUGAAUUCUGGAAGAAUUAGUGCCUUUGAUUGCUCUGGAAUGUGGAUGUGCGGCCGAAUUUUGGGUUCUUUUUUGGUUUUCAAGUGCGUUCGGCCUCAUUUGUAAUCAAUUGUUUGAGGGGCUGGUAAGGUUUGUCGGCAUCGGUCUCGGAAGACUUUGAGAGUUCUUUGUUCAGUUGAAUGUGGAGAACAUCACAUUUUUAGAUGGGGAAGGUAUUUUAGGGAAAUGUGGUGCAUUUGAGCUAGUUUCACGUGGAGAAGUUGCCCUAGGUUAAAACAGAGUGACUUUGGUAUUCUUUUUUAAAAGAGAUAUCGGAGUGAAGUCGGUGUGAUGCUUCGGUUCUGGAAUUCAGAAAUCAGCGCUUAAAUAUUUCCGUACUGCACACUUUCAAAAUGGCAAAACUAAAGUUUACACUGAUGUUGCGAAAUGGCUUAAGAAAGUAAGAGAACAGAGGAACUUUCCACCAUGGUGGGUUCAGAGCAACAAUACAGAGAUCCAGUAACUUAGCAUUUUGGAUAAAGCGGCUGAUAGACCAAAUAAAUGAUUUUAUAUGUUAUUACUGGGAGGGGGUUGGAGAUCGCGUCUAUAUAUCUAAUUCAAUCAUACUUUGAGCCUUUCACUUGAUGUAACCCACACAGCUUGAUUGGCAACAAAUGGAUAUUGAAUAUACUUUUUGGCAAAUGCUUCACCUAUGCACCUCACCGAAAGUUGUCUAUCAGCACACUAAAUAUCACAAGCAAACUAAGAAUCAAUGGGCACGCGAUGAUCCUGCUUUUGUUGUAAUCUGCAGCGUUCUACUUGCAGUUGCAACUCUGGCUUAUUGUGCCGCGUACGACCAUAGUGCUGCACAUGCUGUUUUUGUAGUUAUUUCCGUUUUGUUUUUUCAUUUUUUGUUCAUCGGGAUGCUUCUGGCUACAUUUUGCUGGUUUUUGACUAAUUCUUACCUCCGUGAAGAGGCUCCGAAUAGCCAUGUUGUUGAGCAGCAUGUUGAAUGGCUGUACGCGUUUGAUGUGCACUGCAACUCUUUCUUCCCGAUGUUUGUUCUGCUUUAUGUGAUCCAUUAUUUUCUAUCACCAAUUUUGGUAGCUCAUGGCUUCCUUCCUGUAUUGCUAUCAAAUUUGAUAUUCAUGGUGGCCACUUCAUACUAUCAUUAUCUCAACUUUUUAGGUUAUGAUGUGCUGCCCUUUCUGGAGAGGACCACUUUCUUCCUGUAUCCAAUCAGUGUUGUCAUUGUCCUCUCUCCGAUCUUGAUUUUGAGUGGCUUCAGUCCUUCAAGAUACUUUAUGAACAUGUACUUUAGUCAACGAGUAUGGAUUUAAUUGAGGCAAACAUUUAAGACGGCACAUAUAUGUCAUGCUUGGGUUACUAAUUGAGAGGCCACAACUCGAGAAGGCAUCGGCGGAUUCUUGAUUGCUUAUGCAUGAUAUGAUUAUCAGCAGCAGGUCACAUUGGAAAAAGCUUGUGUGGCUUCCGUUGUAGUCAUUUUACCACUGUGAAUGAAGAUUGGACCAACAAAGAUAGGGCAUCAAGUGUGUUUUGAGAGAUGAACAUUGAUCCCAGAGAUGUAUCGAAUGCUACGAUUUGUCUGCAAAUCUAUGCUUUUCAUUUACAUAAAUUUUUGAAAAAUUAUAGUCGACGUGUUUUGAAGAUUCUGUUCCUGUUGUACCAAAAGAUAUUUUGGAGUCAAUUGAAUAGAAUAGCUACGGUUCAGCGUAGUACAUGUAUGGUGAAUUAGCAAUUGAAGAGAGUUGAGCCAUA